AUGGACCCUUAUCCACCCCCGUCAUCCAUGGCGCUUUCGCCUCAAUCGCCAUCGGCUGGAUCCCAUUCGAGCAUUUUCCGGCCCCGCCGAUCUGAAGACUGGCACGACUUCCGCGAGAUCAUCGAGCAGCUCUACCGCAACGACCAGUUGAAACUACGGGACGUCAAACGCAUUAUGGAAAAAGACUACAAUUUUUAUGCCUCGGAAAAACAAUAUAAAGACCGGCUGGCGGCAUGGCAUGUUCGCAAGAACAUCAAGGCCAAGGAAGUCCAGCUGAUGAUCCGCAAGCAAGAGAAACGGGCAGCCCGUGGCAAGCAGACGGCCUUCCGGGUGAAUGGCCAGCAGGUCGACCCGAAACGCAUUGCUCGGUUUGUCCGUCGCUAUGGCACGACCUGGGAUCAGGGUAAGGAGUCGGAACGGCCGAGUCCACGGGCGAGUCCAGAGCCCUCCACGCCAUCCGACAUGACUUGCUAUACGCCUGAACCAGAAGAGCACUCCGCUGCCACGCCGGUUUCGCCCUCGGACAUGCACUCUCCAACCCGGGAGACGUCGGCGUAUCCACUCACAUAUGGUAUGUAUCAGCUUCUGACGCCGAUCGAGAUCUCGCACGAAGGUGCAGUCAAAAAAAGCCGCUCCGUGAAGAUGCUCAUGGUCAUCCCAGAUUCGAACCAAAUAGACAACAUCCCCGACCUCGUCAUGGAUGACGACCAGCCCUCGUACCCGAUGGGCAUGCACUCCAAUCCGCCACCCCGUCGCACUUAUCACCCACCAGAACAUCUCAUGCACGCCCACCCGGUGACACACUCGGGCCAUCCAGCCUCUCCAGUCGCCACCGCCGGCCCGCCUGCAGCGCCGGGUCCAUCCCAGGUGUCCCAGGUGUCCCAGGUGUCCCCGGUGUCCCGGGUGUCUCCAGCAUCCCCUGCGCCUGGUCCGCCGGCCAUUCCCGUCUCAAAUCUGCACCCCCAAGAUGCCCGGCAUCCAGCCAAUACUUCCGCCCAGAUGGUCCACGGCCCGGAGUGGAACCGUCUGGAUACGUUCCAAACCCGACUUGAGAACCUGCAGUACACGCUCAAUCAAUCCAUGUCCAAGUGGGCGCGCGAGCAGGAUCCUAACCAGGAAAUCACCCACCAUGAGGGACUGGGAAUGUGA